UCCGAUUUUUCCCUAUUCACCCUUCAUUCCUAUUCACUGUGAUUGACAGCACUACUUUAAAUUUUUUGACAACUAAGAUACUUCAAACUUGAAGACUGAAGUCAAUAAUUGUAUUCGUAACGGAUUUUGGAGGGAAAUCACAUCUAGCCUAUUAAGCAGAAAAGUCAGCAAUAUUAAUUUAUACUAAAGUAAAAUGUCUCAAACGACAUUAACAACAUUUUUUAACAGUAGAAAAAGACCAGCAACGGAAGACAUAGCGAGUACGAAGAAUAAAAUAGCACACUUGGAACGUUUAGAUCCAAUCACUAAAACGGGUAGAAAAUCUCCAUUUCCUAAAAAUGAUUUACUGCUACAUAAUGGCAAAGAAUUAAACCAUGUCACCAAAGUUGAAAAUUCCAAGAAACUAGAUUCGGAGCAGAAGUUGACCAAAAAACCUGAAAAUACAUCAGAGCAACAGAAAGCUGUUGCCUUCAGUAAAAAAAUAAAUGUCUCUAAUAUUGCUAAAAACAGUGAAACCUCCAAAACGGAACACGUCACUGAAGCUCGAAAAGAACUAUGUUUGGGUGAUAUCAAAAAGAGGUUAGCUGGCAGCAGUAGAUUAUCCGAAUUAAGAGCUACAGCGGAACGUCUUAGCAAAGGUAUUCAGGAACUAAAAGAAAGUAGUGAUAAAAAGAACUUAAAAGAGUUUAAAUCUAUUAAUGUGGAUGUACCCCAGAGUCCUAGCAAGAAAUCAUUAAAUCGUCAUGAGUUUUUGUCACCUACGAAGCAAGACAGUGUCUCAAGUCAGCAAAUACCUUUACUGUCUCCAAGAAAAGUUUUUGUUAGUCCUAUCAAAAGUCCAAGCAAAGUACCAGCAUACAUCAGACAUGCCUCUUUGGCUGCUCCAUCCAAUCUUCAGCUGCCACAUCACUAUAGAUUUCUGGCUGAGCUAUUCCGAGGUAUGGAAACGGUUGUCGCACUCCUCUAUAACAGGAAUGAAAAGAUCACUUUCAAUAAACUGAAGCCUUCUAUUCAAGAAAUGCUCAAGAGAAGCUUCUGUGAAAAACAUUUGGCGCAAAUAAAAUACUUAGUCCCUGACUUUUAUAACUUUGAAGUACAGAAGAUUAAGAGUUUUACCUCUACAAAUCACAAAGAAACAUUUGAACUCAUCAUAUCUCCCAAUUUUCCUAAUGAUAUCAAAAUCAUGAAUCCAAGUGUUCUCCUUGAAAGGCGGAGAUAUUUCUACAAUACUUUACUUCAAUUGGUGAAAAAGCACCAUGCUCAAUUUCUCUCAACUCUGGAUCCUCCGAUUGAAAUCCCUGACAAUAAGUUAGUGAGAUGGCAUCCUGAGUUUGAACUUGAAAAGAUACCAGACAUUGAUGGAGCUAAACUGCCCGAAUUGCCAAAUACCGAAAAAUUCUCUUCAGCCCAAGAUGUUCUUGCAAAAGCCAGAGAACUUUUUAAAUGUAAUACUAAAAUGGAAAGAGCACUUGAAAAACUUGCACAAGCUAAAGCAAGAGGUUUAACUGAACAAGAAAAAGCUGUCACUGGUUUAAAUGAAUCCCCAAAGAAGAAUGUAUCUACUCAGAUAAGCCAACCAUCAACAAGUGGGAUUCAAAUUUUGAACCCUGCCCUUCGUAAUCUACCAGCGGCCUUAUUGGAAAAGGUCAAAGCUAAACAAGCAGCUAAAGCAUUCGAAGCAAUGACUAGAUCUUCGGAAACUGAACAUAAAUACCUGAUCUACACUCGCCUUCCAGAUUUGGCGAGGACUUUAAGGAAUAUAUUUGUUACAGAGAGGAAAAAUGUACUCGCACUCAAUAUAGUGCUCUCAAAACUUGAUAGCAGUUUCAAAUCUAAUGUCUCUGCUAAUGAGUUACAAAAGGAUAUAAAGCUACUGACCGAGGAAGUCCCAGAUUGGAUCAAACUUCAUGAAAUUAGGAACGCCACAUAUCUGAAACUAGACAAAAAUACAGACUUGAAGAUAAUAACUUCGAAGCUGGAAGCGGCUGGGCAAAAAUAUAAAGAUUAAGUUACAAGACUGAAUGCAUAUUUAAUUAUUUAAGAGUACAAAAUGUAUUAAUAAGUUUUAUUAUGAUCAUGGUUAAUUUAAAUUAGUGUUAGGUAUUUUGACUCAUAUUUUUUUAGUUGUAAUUAACAAUAUUGACAUAAAUUUACAGAUAUCCAAAAUUAUGACAUUACCCACAAUGAUCUAUUUAAAUAAUAAUAAGAACCAUUAUUGGGAUAUAAUGUAUGUUUUUGACAUUUUUAUAAUUUUUUUUUUUUUUGUACUUUAAAGUUAAAAAAUUCUUUUCUAACAAAUAAUUUCUUUAUUUUCUGAAUGUGUUUGGACGGGUUUCACCAAAGACGUCUUUUUCUGAAACUCUUUGUAUGCUUUUUUACUUAAGAAGUGUGAUUUUUUUUGUUUUAUGAAUUACUAAAAUAAAUUAUAUUAAAUUAAAACUCAAUUCGUUUUUAGUUUUAAUUCUUUGGCAUCAGUAAAAUGUUAUUGAAACACGCUACAUAUAAUAUAUAAUUUGCAUUAUUUCCAAAUGCUAUAAGAGUAAAUUAUGAAAUUAUUAAUUAUAGUUCAUAUGUUUGUAAGUUAUUAAAAUAUGUUUAGCUGUAAAAUAAAAUAUUUUUGUAAAUCACAAUCUCAUUC